UAAGUCUAACUGUUAAACUUUUUUUCAGAUAUUCUUGUUGAAAGUAGAUAAAAUGGCGACAUUAAUUCACACUUUAGCAGAUCAUAGUGAUGAUGUCAACUACUGUGCCUUCUCAUCAUCGUGCUUGCCUACUUGUUCCUUGGACAAAACAAUUCGUGUUUAUUCUUUAAACAACUUUACGGAGCUUCCAUAGUCGCCUUUAAAAGGUCAUACAUAUGCUGUCCGCUGCUGCUGCUUCUCUCCAUCAGGACACGUUUUAGCUUCGUGUUCAACAGAUGGCACUACCGUGGUUUGGGACACUCACGAUGGUCGGAUGCUGGCAGUGCUAGAGCAGCCCAGCGGCAGUCCUGUUAGAGUCUGCCGAUUUUCUCCUGAGUCCACGUAUCUAGUGUCAGGGGCAGCGGAUGGGAGUGUAGUUCUUUGGAACAUGCAGUCAUUGAAACUGUACAGAUCUGGGAAUGUUAAAGAUGGUUCUUUGGUGGCCUGUGCAUUUUCUCCUAAUGGAAAUUUCUUUGUCACUGGAUCAUCGUGUGGUGAUUUAACCAUUUGGGAUGAUAAAAUGAGAUGCCUGCAUAAUGAAAAAGCACAUGAUCUUGGCGUUACCUCCUGUGAUAUUUCUUCACAGACAAUUUCUUAUGGUGAACAUGGAUUCAGAUACUUCCAGAUGGCUUCUUGUGGUCAAGAUAACCAGGUCAAACUCUGGCUUAUUUUGUUUGCAGAUUUCUUAGGUGUUAAAUUAAAAUAUAAAUGCACAUUGAAUGGACAUUCUGCCCCAGUUCUGGCUUGUGCAUUUUCUUAUGAUGGGCAGAUGUUAGUUUCAGGGUCUGUGGACAAAUCUGUCAUAAUAUAUGAAACUAGUACUGGCAAUACCCUUCAUACUUUGUGUCAGCAUACCAGAUAUGUUACAACUUGUGCUUUUGCACCAUGUAGUCCCUUACUUGCCACAGGUUCAAUGGAUAAAACUGUGAACAUAUGGCAGUUUGACCUCAAGCAACCCUGUGCAGAAAAUGAAUCUAAGGUGGCUGUUGAGGACUGGUCAGAGGACGAUGUUUCAGCCUGGCUUUGUGCACAAGACUUAGCAGACUUUGUUGAGCUUUUCAAAAUGAUUAACAUUGAUGGCAAGGAACUACUGAAUCUUACUAAAGAAAGUCUGACUAAUGAAUUAAAAAUUGAGUCUCUAGGCCUGCGCAGUAAAGUCCUUCAGAAAACUGAAGAACUGAGGAUGAAAAUGAUCUCUGUUUCUGUUACUAUCCCUGAUGAGUUCUUAUGUCCUAUAACAAGGGAGCUUAUGCAGGAUCCUGUCAUUGCAGCAGAUGGCUAUUCCUAUGAAAAGGAAGCAAUAGAAAACUGGAUCAGCAAGAAAAGACCAUCUAGUCCCAUGACAAAUCUUCCUCUCCACUCUCCUAUGCUUACACCAAAUCUGACACUAAAAAUGGCCACUGGUCGCUGGCUAGAGACUCAGCAGAAAUAAUAGUUAAACCACUUUGAAGUUGUUUAUUAUUGCAGUGAAAUUGUACGUCACUAAAGAAAACAACUGUAUCAAACAAUUGGGAAGAAAAAAGUGUGUUUCUGUUCUAAUCUGUGGCUAUCAUUUAAACAUUUGUAAAGACAGAAAAUCUUCACUAGUGGAAGCUCCCAGAAAAUUACUGAAAAACUUCUGUUAUUGGUAAUUUUCCUUUGCAGUAUUUCUGUUUAAGAAAUGAAGUAUUUAGAUUCAGUUUUUCAAAUAAAUUUUACUUAAAAUGUUCACAACGUUGAUGAGUUCCGAAUCUUGACUUUGCUAUUUCUUAUCUUCUGAAAGACUAACUUGGCAA